AUGGAUCCAAGUUCCAAAAACAUUGUUGAUUGCAAGAUUGCUGACUUCAUCGAUGCUACUGUCUUCCGUGAGAUGAUCCGCACUAAGUCGUUUACCGCUCGCCCUCGCGCUAUUUUUCACUACGGUGCCAUCACCACGACUACUUCCACCGAUGGCAAAGCCAUUCUUGACAUCAACUACACCUACUCGAAGGAAGUUUUCCACUGGUGCAAGGAUCAAAGUGUUCGUUUCAUCUAUGCAUCCUCAGCUGCUGUUUACGGAAAGACUACCAACUUUGACGAGAAUGCCGGCAUGGAGGCCCCUUUGACUAUUUAUGGAUACUUCAAGAUGCUGCUUGAUCAGUAUGUGCUGCAAAAUGUUGAUCUACGCUCCCCCCAGAUCGUUGAGUUCAAGGCCAUUCAACUACUCGGCGACUACGAUGGAGUCAAAGGGGGAGAGCAGAAGCUCGACUUUGUCCAUGUCGAGGACGUCGCUCGCCUCAACUGUUGGUUUCUCGAUCACCCCGAGAUCACUGGGAUCUUCAAUGUUGGCACUGGAGUUGCGACCACCUUCAACGAACUUGCCAUUUAUGUGGCGAAGCAUUUCGGCAGUCCCGAGGGGUUCAUCAAAAUAGUCGACUUCCCCGCCGAGCUGAAAGGACACUACCAAAGCUUCACUCGCGCCGACACAUCCAAGCUUCGCCGCGCAGGUUCCACCCUUCGCUUCCGGAGUGUCAACGAGGGCAUUAAAGAAUACAUGGAGUGGCUUGAGCAGCAUGAUCUUUUGACCAAGGCCGCCGCCAAGUCCUUGGCCAAGUCAUCCUCAUCCAAGUCUCCUGUCAAGACUCCGGUCAAGGUCUUGUCCACCUAG